AUGGCUUCCAGAGUUGACACUUGGUGGGCAAAUUCCUAUCCAGAUUGCUCUAUCAAAAACUUCGAAUCCAUGCCAGUAUUCCAUAGAUUCAGAGAUACAAAUAGAAGGCCAUUUGUAAGGGGUGAUGAGAACUAUAAAGAAACGCUGUGGAGAGUCGACAAUUGCGAUAUUUUCGAGUGGUUUGACCGUGCCAAGAAAACUGGCGAAAAAUUCGGUCACGAUAGAAAUUCAGAUACCUGGUUUUAUGAACAUUGGUAUAUGGAAGGAGAUAUUCAUGUUGUUGUGAAAACUUGGUUGAGGAGACCUGAAGAAUGGGGACAAGUCAUUCGAUACUUCCCAGACUAUGAAAUUCAUAUCUCUUGGAAUCUUUCAGGAAACACCAAAACCUAUGAAGAAAUCCAAAUAGACCCAAAUGCCAGAAAAGGUCUUCGUGAAGGACUUACUCCUAAAAUGUAAUAAUAAAAGUAAAUUUUCAAUUUUGCAUUAGCCAGGCCCUUUUUAAAUAAAAUAAUUGUUUUUAAGCAGCUUUAAUGCCUGAUUCAAUGUCGAAAAUUUAACUAUGGCUCGUUCUAUUUUAAAAAGGGGAGCACUAUUUUUAAUAGAUAAAUUUGAAAUUAAUAUCAAUUUUCUCUCACAAAGAUCUAAAAUUGAAAAAUGCAUUACGUUUCAAAGUUAAAGGGGAUAGUUAGAAACACUCAAUUUGGAGUCGAAAAUUUUUCUGAAGCUUUUUGGGACUCACUUGACAGCUCUGGCCUUGAAAAAAAUUGGAAAAGAGGUACAGCACAAGGCGGAGAAAAAGAGUACAAAAAAGGACCUGCAAAGUCAGGAGAAAGCUGAAUUGAAGAUAAAGACUACUACGAAAAAAGAGAGUGGAAAAUCGAAGGCACUAAAAAUACUGGAGUCUUCAAAGGAAAAAAAGGAGCCAAAACAUGGGAAGAAAAAUGGGACCAAGAUACUGACCAUGAUAUUGAUGAUAAAUCCUGGACUGAAGGAUCCAGACAAUGGGGUCUAUUAAAAACAAAAAGACCAGACCAGCAAUUUAAGCUUGAAUGGGAAGGGGACCGCCCAGUAAUCGGAGGUUCUGGCGAAGACGGAUACGUUAAAGGAAGACUCGUCCUAAAACUAGCUGAAGUCUAUAGAAAUAUCAAAGAGCAUAUUAACAGCUCUCAUGAGACUUUAGAAGAACUAGCAGCUGAAGCCCCAUCUCUAGCCCCAGAGGUCAAUAAAGCCACUCAACAACUAAAUUCUUGGACUGACCCAGACUUCGACGACCCAGACUCCAUUAUGCAGAAAAUCAAUGACUUCAAUAAAUUUGACUCACAAUUAGAAGACUUAAAACUAAAAGCCCAUGAAAUUGCAGCUAGUGAAAGAAUAGAGCUUAAACAUUUAGAAGAAAUUUAUAGUAACUGCGACAGCUCUGCAAACUCUUUGCUUCCUCUAAUAAAACCUGAAAAGGCAGCACCAUUUUAUCAUGAAAGAGAAGAUAUCCUAAGGAGCAAAAAAAGUGCGAAAACUGCAAAAGACUUGUAUAGGAUCGUUCAUAAGUAUCAGGGAUUUUCGAAUUAUUUGAUUACGCUGAUUGGAGCUAGUUCAAAUGAAGAUGAAGAUGAGUCUUUGGAAGAAACUAUGAAAAUUAAUAUUAGUUUUACAAGUAAUUGGGUAAUUUAUUACAAUAUUUAGUGCUAUUUUAUAGGAAAAUUAGAUAGUGAUAAUUAUUUAUAAACAGAAAGAUUGAUCUUUAUGAUAUAAAAAACUAGAAAACGUGCUAAAAGAGUUUUCUGAAGUCCUGAAAAGCUCAAGCACAACUUUAUCACAAAUUGAAUCAAACUUCAAGCCUAACGACGAAGUAGCCCAACAUAUAAUUGCAAGCCAGAAUGUCAGACUCCACGAAAUAAGCCAUGGAAUUGAGACAGGACAGCGGUACAACAUCAUUUUAGACCAAGUCCAAAAACUCCUCAAAGACCAAGAAAACUUCAAAAGGGAACUUAUGAGUGAAGAAAUUCCAAGCCAGCUCAUUGAAAUCCACAAGCUUCAAGAAUUCGUCAGCAAAGAGCUCGCUAAAGCUUUAGAUCAUCCUGAACUAGAAUCUCUUAAAAAAGUCAAUGAAGAAGAGCUUAUCCCCAGAAUUUUUCCAUUGGUAAAUCACAAUAAAAGACAAGCCAAUUUAAUUAGAGCACUCUCUAUGAGACUGUUCGGAAUUGAUGAAGCCCCAGAAGAUAUCACUGAAGACACUGAAGAAAUAUAUAAAUCUAUUAAAAAAAGAAAGCCAGGAGAAGCCAUUUUGCCGAUCGACACAAUUGCUUUGCUUAAAUUUAUCAGAUUUAAUGGGCAAGAAGAACAGAAAAUCAAGGCACAAGCAAUUGAGCAUCUAAAAGAGGUCCUGGAAACUGACGAAGAAAAAGAAUUUGCCCAAUCUUUGGUGGACAGAGGAAAUGAGUCAAUUUCUGGGCAAACCCCUGAUAAUGCAACAGACGCACUGACUGAAAUUAAAGGAGUUUUGGAAGAAUAUCUGCAAGCUUCAUCUGACCAAAUUACAUUUAUUGAAGACAUCCUUGGAAAAACCAUAGAAAAAGAUGAAGGAAAAUCAAAGAAACCUGGAAAAGGCAGACAAGUUAAAGUGAGGUCGAAGAAAGGAGGAAACGACAUCGACAUCACCGAAAAAGCUACCAAAGCUCUCAAUGACUCUUAUGAUACCAUAGUUGGCUAUUCUUACAUAAUCCACGGAAAUCGCCCACAUAUCCAAGAAAAAUUAGACCAGCUAGCUCACUACAAGCAAUUAGUAUCAGAUAAGCUAAAUGAAGAAAGAACAACAGCAGACACCGUCGAAGACAUUUUUGGCCUCCUCGGUGAGUACGAAAAAGAAAAAAGAGACAUCAUAACGAGUUCUGACCUCUUCAAAAACCUAUUUGAAAUUUUGGAUAAAACUGAUAAACUGAUCCAGCAUGAUGCAAAAAUAUUUAAUUCGCCAAUCCCAAGUGAAGUUGAUGAAAUUAAGGCGAGAAAGCAAGCAGAAGAUUUGAAUGAUUUGGUUAAAAGGAUCAAAUAUUUCAUAAAUGUGGUGUUAAGAAUGACUGGGAUUUCUGAGGAGUCAGAAAACUAUGAAGAAGUUAUGGAUAAGCUGAAGAAACAGCAUACAGCUUCAUUACCAUUUAAACCUGAGGAUUUGCUUCAUUCUCUUACUUUGUCUGGCUAGCAAGAAAAAUGUUUUUUACUUGCUAAAAGAAUAGGCUAUUUUUUUAAAAAAAUUAUUUUUCGGUAUUUGUGAAUAUUUGUGAUAUAAAAUUUACGCUUUAGGAUGUAAGUUACCUAUAAGUUAAUAGAAUCAGAUGGAGAUUUCAUUAUAAUUAUUGAUUAUAUGCAAAAUAAGGACUUUUCUAAUGGUUUGCUCACUUGCCAGGAAGUUAGAACUAAAAAAGAUAAGGAUUUAGAAGUAUUAAAAUUCUUAGGCUUAUUAGUAGGCAGCGAUGAAGUACUUGGUGAAUGCCAAGCGUUAAUAAAAGAAGCUAGAGACUCGAUUAACGACCAUGAGCCUGAAACUUCUGAACAAGCCUUAGAGUUUAUUGAAGAACAUUUGUCAACCUACCCAUCAUUAGAAUCUUCUGUAAACACCAAUUUUGCCAUCAUCGCAUCCUAGUAACGACAGGAUGAACUUAAAAUUUUUGCCAGAAAACAAAAAAACGUAGAAGGCCACGGGGUCGCAGAUGGUAGAAUUACAGGUGGGGUGCGGUCUGGGCUAACUGGGCCUCCUCUCGACCCACAGACAUUAGACCGGCGGUACAACACCAAUCGAGCACUUCUGGAGGAACAUUAUCGUGCCUGCAAAUGACAGAGGUAGUUCCAGAAGGAGGCAUCAGAUGGCUUCCUCAUACCCUGAGCACUAUUAGGGGUUAAGAAAGUCCUUUGCUGAAGCUUUUCGGUCCCCGAAAGAUAUCGACGCCAUCAUUUUUGGUGGUGUAGACAGAAAAGGGCGUUAGGUGGUUUUAUUACUUACUCCGCACGAACGUGAAGCUGAAGCUGAACUAAUUCAGGGUCUGAAAUAAACCCCGCUUUAACCCUUUUUAACUUAAUCUCUCUCUGUAAACACCAAAACCAAGCAACUUCUUGAUGCUUUGCUGAAAAGAUUAACAAAUUCUGACCCUAAUGAAAAAGAUUUCGAAAUGCUGCAAAAUACCAUUGAAGUCCUGAAUUUAACCUCCAAAAAAUUGUUGAAGUCAGGAAACGAAGAAAGCGACAGAUUGGAGUCUAAAAAAGAACAGACCCCAACUGAGCCUUCAGAGGUCAUUCCUUAUUUAAUUAGCUUAAUUUCAGAUUGGGCCAAAUUAAACCUAAAAUUAGUAGCUGAAAAGACUGGAAACAAAGUCACAGAAGAGGAGCACAAUGAAAUUAAAAAAUCAAUUGCAAAGCUUAUGAGGGCAAACCCACUGGCGAAAAUCAGAGAAAUCCAGCCAUUCUUCGCCGCGCCUGACACAAAUGAUAUGGUAAGCAUGAUCGUUUUAUUAGAUAAAGCAAUCGAAAUUUUACCAUCAACUUCACGUGAAAGCAACAAAAAAGCAUACAAGCAAUGCAAAAAAGCCUAUAAAGAGCUCCAAACCCUUCAGCCCCAUGAAGUAGGAGAACUUGGCAAUAAAUAUUCAACGUUACUAAUCCAAUUAUUAGAAGAGUACCUCAGCAAGCCAAUAGGAGAAUUUCUGAAAGAAAUUGAAAAAGAGAAAAUAGCUAUAUUAGAAGAGCGAAAAAAUGGCAAACCAAUAUCAACUCAUGGGUGGGAUGAAAUAUUGAAGGGCUCUGGGAUUGAUAUAGACGUUGACAGCAUGUCUUCUCUAAUAGAUAAAGAACAAAUGACAGCUCUACCUUUAAUAAGCAACAUCGUAAAAUACUUCGGCACAGAAGAGAGCAAAAUAGUAGAAGAAAAACUGAAAAAAGCAUCAGAGGACGUUUUAAAUGAAGAAGACAAGAGCAAAAUAGAAAAAUACAUCAGUCUCAGACUGGAGCAGACCAAAUUUUUGUCAGGCUUAAAUAAAAAUAUUGGAACCAUUGGAGAAAGAUUAAGAGAGAUGGACGCUGAAAAAUCAAGAACUGUCAAAGCGGCAAUAUCAGAAACCUUGAUACUAAUUGGAAGCAGUGAUCAAAGCUUGCUUGACAGAGUUAACGCCUUACAAGAAACAGAAGCGUCUUGUUCUGAAGAAGAGUCUACUAACUUGGGCAAUCUCGUCAUCAGAUACGUAAAGCGAAACACUAUAGAAAAAGAGCUGCAAAAAAUUAGAGAACAAUGCAAGCCUCAAGACAACUCAGAAGCGGAAAUGAUUGAAAAACUCAGAGAAAUUGAGACACGUGAAUAUAAAGCCUUGAAGACUUCUUAUUCGACAUUGCAGAAUAUGGUAACCCACCUGAACCCUGCAGCUAUUAAUGACUUAUCGUCUAUAAAAUCUCUGACUGACCUUUCUGACAUAGCUUCUACUAUUCCUUCACUGAUCAGCUCUAUUAUGAUAGGUAUAGAAAACUCUGAAACUAUUGAGCAGCGUAAACAAGAACUGUUAUCCCAAGGCCCACUUAAAGCAAAGCUUGAAAUCCUGCUGAAACUUCUAGUAGAGUGUUCAAAUAGUGAUAACUCAGAAACUGAUAAUGUCUUUUCUGGGCUGUUUAGACUAUGCGGCUCAUCUGAAGAUAAAGCCAAAUUCAAAGAACUCAAAGAAAGCAAGUCCCUCCAGCUGCUAGAUCCACAAACCUUGUGGGAAUUGAUUGACACCAUUGAUAUUUCUCUAAACAAAUCUCUGCCAAAAAGACUAGAGCAAAGCAAUUUGCAGAAUAAAUUAGUAAAAAGUGCUGGAAGCUUAAGAGAUUCUGCUGAUGAAAUUGAUAUUCAGACUGAAGAUCUAGUAAAAAAAGCUAUCAGAGAAAUCGCAAACACAAUAAGUGCUGACGACACCAGGACAAGAGAAAAUUUCAAUAAGCUGAAAAAAACUUUUGAUGAUAUUGAAGCAAUUUCUCCUGUCAAUAUCCCUGAAGUAAACGAUAAAACAGUUAAAAGGCUUGAGCAAUGGGAAAAAUUAGAAAGAUUGAGAAGAGAAAUAAGGGAAAGGAUGACCAAAGAUAUCAACAAGCUUAAAGGAGACAUACAAGAAAAACUCAACGAAAUAGAGUCAGCAAGAGCAGUCAGUGAGGCCAAAAAAAUCCAAUAUGAAGCCCAACUUCAUUUCCUACAGACUUCUGCAGACCAGAAUGCUCAAUUAGUAGAGAAACUGACACAGGAAUCCUCUGAAAAAGAAAAAGUGAUUUUUCUAACUCCCCACCCUCCGUGAUCGAACAAAAAUUAUUUUAUAUAUAAAUGAUAAUUAGUAUCACGAAAUCUAUAGCUAUUCUAUUUGAUUUUAAACAAAUUGCGUUUUAAAAACAUAAAUUUUACAAAUUAAAUUAAUAUUUGCUUUUCAAUUUUUGCGAAUUAGGAUUUUAUAAAUUUUUUGAAAAAAAAAAUUUCUAUAAAAUUUCUAUAUAAAUUUUUUUAAAAACAAAAAAUUAACCCCUCCGUGAUAAAACAAAAUGUUUUAUUUGCUCACGGAGGGGGGACUGAGCACAAAAUCAAAAUUGCAGAGCUAGAAGCGAAAUUAGAAGAAAUUAAUGAAGAUUUCAGGAAAAGCGAAGAAGAGCUGGAAGACAGCAAUAAAGAACUGCGGAAUAUAAGGAAAGCUAAUAAAGAAAAAGACAAUCAAAUCAGAGAGCUGCAGGGCUCACUUGACGGAUAUGAGAGGAGUUCUCGUCAAAGCUUCCAAGGCGACAAAGAAAAAGCUGAGCUAUUAGAUACAUUAAAAGCCCAAUUAAGCGCAGCCAGAGAUGAGCUAGCCAGCAGAGCCAAGCAAUGUGACGAACUAGAUGACAGCCUAAAAUCCACCCAGCGAGAAGUACAAAAAGCCUUAAAUGAAAAAGCUGAGCUAGAAAAAACAAUUGGAGAAAUGAGAGGAGAAAUUAACGAGAUGAAGCUAAAUAUCCUCAAAUUAGAAACCACAAAGAACGAGCUCGAAGAAAAGGUCAAGCUUGGAAAUGUGGCCAAUCCAGAAGAAAUCGCUCAUCUUGAAAGGUAUUUAGAAGACAAAGACAAAGCAUUAUCAGAGCUAGAAGAACAGCUAGAAUAUGCGAAAAAAUAUCAGCAGCUUUAUUUAUUAAUUAAAGAUGAAAAAGAUGAGCUCGACAGUAAGACGAGGACCCAGGAGAUUGAUAUUGAAGAUUUACAAAGAAAAAUCAAAGAGCUGACUGCUGAAAAUGAACAAUUAAAAUACAAGACCAGGCAGCUUGACAAAUUAACUAAAGAAGUCGCUGCAUACCAAAAAGAGACCCAGAAGCUGCAAAAUAAGAUUAAUUAUUUAGAAGAGUUCAGCGGGGAAAGCUCAGGCGAUAUCCAAGAAGCCAUCAAUAAAAUGACUGCAGAAGUAAGCAGCAGAGAUGCUCAAAUUUUAGAUUUGACUAAUGAAAUUGAAGAGCUUAAAGCAAAAUAUGAUGAUUUAGAAAAAAGGCACCAGCUAGCUAUGAAUAGAAACUUCUUAAUCCGCCUCUGCAACUCCUUCAAAAACAAGCAAAACCAAUAUUUCAAGAAAUGGCAGCACAAGCUAAAAGAACCUAAAUCAGAAGGUGUUGACGAAAUUACCUUUAAAGAAGUCACUGUCGUAAUGGAUGAAGAUUUACCUGAGUCUGAAAAAGCUGUCUUUGAAGACGCCAAUAAAGAAAUUGCAAACGAAGACCGCAAACUGAUAGAAAAUAACAUCAUUAUAGAGUCUUUACGUAGCUGUGGGUUUGGCAAUGAAAAGCCUAUGAGUUAUCUUAACUUGUUUAAGUUCCUUGAAGAACUCAUGGACAAGAAAUUCGAAACUGACAAAAAAGAUCUUGCAGAGCGCAGACAGCCUCGCACUAUGACGGAAUUUUUAAUGGAGCAUUUAAAUAGGUCAUUCGGGAUUCAAAAACUUGCACUAAAACAAUUAGCAAGCUUAAUCCCAGCGCUGAAGCAGCUUUUCGACGAAGGGCACAAAUAUGCUGAAUUUUAUUGCAGACUGUUCCAGAUUUUCCACCCUGAGCCGGCUAAUUAUAACCUUUCUAUUUAUUUGGCAAAAGCAAGAGUAAGUUUCCAGCCACUUACUGAUAAAUUAGAUAAAACAAGGGCUUUACAAAAUAAAGGAAAAACUGCAACAGCAGGAAAGACUCAUGGGCGCGCUGCUUAUGAUGCUGCAGGAAGUGGAGGGUUCGCGUUAUUAAAUGAUGUGAUUGAGUUGUUAUAUUCAAUGUUUUCUUUUGAUAGAGAAAGCGGGACACUUGCAUUAGAAUUAAUUAAGCCUGAGUCAGUCAGUGAUGAAGAUUUUGUAGCUUAUAAGAUUUGCCAUAAGAUGGCUAAGCUAGGUAAGACCCCUGAGGCGAUAUUUAAUAUACAAUUUCUCUUUAGGUGUUAAAAUUGUUAUAUGAAAACCCACAAAGGCUAGUUUUAUCAAAAAUGGGUUAUGCUUGAUAAAGAUGCUGGCGGUACCAUCGACGUAAACGAAUUUAUCACAGGAACAAGAGACGACCUCGACUUAUGGAUCACUGAUAAAGUAGUUGGAAAAUUCAUGGCUAGCUUAGCUGGCAAUGAAAACGGCGAAAUUUCUAAAGAAACUUUCAUGAAAAAAAUCAACAUGAAAAAUCUUAUGGAAUGGAAUAGAAGUGACGACUGGGUCGUCACAAAGGCUUCCUUUUUAAAUGCCCUUGUAGACGUAUUUAAAGCGAAGCAAAGAAAAGAUACCACUUUCUUGUACUCAGAAUUUGAGCAGUUUAGCAGCCAAACUAUUAAUAAAGACCAGUUUUCAGAGCAACUGUUGAAAUAUGAUAAGCUGUUAACUAUGGAGAGACUUAAUGACUUGUAUGAAGAAGCCAAAAGUGGCUCUGAUGAUGUAUCUUAAUUAAUUUAUAGAACGUUUAACGUCCACUACAAGGUUGCUCAACCAAGUUACCCCCAAAACCGCUCUAGGGCGAAUUUUGCGCCAUUUCUCUCAGGGCCACCUCGGAUGCCGAUCUUGAAGUUUAGGAUUUGACGUGCUCUAAUGAUGUAUCAGUCCAUGGGUUUGUGAAAGUUAUAAUGAAAUAUGGGAUUGGCGGCUAUGGACUUGGAGCUUUUAUGAUUCGAGAACUUUUAGAGACGCUUUCUUCAAGAGCUUUUUAUGUAGACGCGAAUUUAGAUGAGAAGAGAACGACUGAAGCUAAAAGAAAAGAAACUAGAAAAAGCUCUAAAAAACCUUAA